CACAUGUACCGCAUUCGACGCUGAUAACUCUACCAGUGCGAUUUUUGUGCGCGCCGCGAGUAUUCGAGCGUUCUCCAACGAACGCUCUCAAACCAUUGUUCUCUGACGCAACAGAUAAUAACGAAAGAGUAGGCAAUUUUUAUGAAAAAAAUGGACCACCCACCAAGUUACACGUCACCACCAUAUCCGCAACCACAAUACCCUUAUCCGCAACCACCACCAACGUCAAUGCCAUCAAUGCCAUCACCACCACAUACGGUGCAUACAAUCGUAACAGGGACGGCCUUCAGCAAUGAAAGUCAACAUAUGACCUGUCCACACUGCCAUGCUACUAUAAGUACGCGCGUAGACUCGGAAGCGAACACGAAGACACAUCUAAUUGCGGUGCUCCUCUGUUUAUUCGGAUGCUGGUGUUGUGCACCGUGCCCUUACUGCAUGGAUUCUUGUCUAGUCCACAAGCAUUACUGUCCAGCGUGCGAUGCUUUCCUUGGAGCAUCAGAAAAUUAAUCAAUUACAUUUGCGAUAAAAAUAUAAAAAGAUAGUGCAGAAUUAUAUUAUCAUCAGCUAGGAUAUACGAUUCAUAAAGAAGACAUAUUGUUUUUAUCACAUAUUUCAAAUAAACUGUUGUCAAACUAUCCACAUGUAAAUUAGUUUAAAAAAUUUUGUUGUUGCUUACAAUUUUUACAAAGUGUGCGAAUAUAACACACACACACACAUACACACACACACACACACACAUAAAAAGGAAGGGGAGAGCUCUUACUCUUUUGUUUUUAUAAAUACUGCUAGAGAAAAGAGAUUUACGUGUAUAUAAGCUACAUACGUUUUAUAAGUGUUUUUUAUACUGUUCGCGGUAUUUUUUAUCAACCUGUAAUCUUGCAUUGUAAAAGGAAAUAUUAUAGAAAGAAUUAGUAAUUUUUUUAGACAUACGUGUCUAACAAACAUUUUAAAAACGUCUGUACGUCUUUAUAGACAUGUGUGCUAUUUAAAAUACAACACUAUUAAUUAUA